GCUGGCAGCCAGGAGGGCGCGUCACGUGGCCAAGCAGCGUCCAGGGCGCGGAGGCGCGGGCCGCCAGGCAUGGACCGUCAGGCCUCCGGAGCCCGGCCGCCGGGGGCUGCCGAGCCGCCUCGGGGGUCGGGCCGCGGCGGCGCGGGGCCGCUGAGGGUGUGCGUGGGCGGGCGGGGCCGGAGGGCAGGCUGGCCGGCCCAGGUGCGCCUCUGCCUACUUCCCCUCUGCAGGGGAAGGGACGCCGAUGACCGAAAGCUGGGGGCCAUUGCUGGGGGCCUGGAGCGGGGCCAGCCUGGCUUUUUCCCAGCUGACCACUCCGGUCAGGAGAGAGAGACUGAGAAGGCCUUGGAUCGGCUAGCCAGUGGAGCACAGAGCAUCGCUAAUGGUAGCCCUGCCUGCGGCGAGGGCCCCCACUCCGAAGAGGAAGACUUUGCCAUGGAGGAUGAGGAUUCUGAUGGGGACCUGGGUACCUGGGAGCUGUCAGGAGUGUCUGACUGCCUGCCCAAGGAACAGGCUGCCGAUCUUUUUAAUGAAGACUGGGACUUGGAGCUGAAAGCAGAUCAAGGGAAUCCGUAUGAUGCUGAUGACAUCCAGGGGUGCAUCUCUCAGGAGGUGAAACCUUGGGUAUGCUGCGCCCCGCAGGGAGACAUGAUCUACGACCCCAGCUGGCACCAUCCGCCGCCGCUGGUCCCCCACUAUUCCAAGAUGGUCUUCGAAACAGGACAGUUCGAUGACGCUGAAGACUGAGUGCGCAGCUUUUUUUGCCCGUUGGGUGGGUGCACCCUCCCAGUGAAGGUCUCUCUUCCUUUGAGGUGAGAUGUCAUAUUUGAGGACGCAUUCCCAGGGAUUCCCCGAGUCGGGCACACAGACUGGUGUCACAUAAGGUCCCGAAGUCUUCCGGUUCUGCUGCUGCUGCUGCUGUUGUUUUUAAUGAGCUCCUGCUUGCAACCUGUGAGUGUUUGUGUCUGUGUCAGGAGGAGCUGUGUUCUUUAUAAAUAAAGGUAGAAAAGAUUUGA